AUGGAUACUUUUACUCCAAUGUUUUCUUUCACCUGUUUUUAUGGUUUUCUUACAUUUGCUGUUUAUACAAUGACAAUGUAUAUGAUAAAAAAGAAACAACAAGCUUUUUCAAGUUCAUUUUUCGUCUUAUACAAAGCCAAUUAUUAUAUCGUAAGUUCUUCGCUGAAAAAUCAACACUGCAAAACAAUUUGAUUUUCCAGAAUCUUAUAACAUUUCUAAAUUCAUUUGUUCCCCUUCGAAUCCCACAAAAUACAUGUCAUGAUUGUAGUUUGGCAUAUUUAUUUGAGGGACAUACAGAGACAAACUAUUCAAAUUUUCCAUUGGGAUUAUUCUAUUCGAUUUUGGUAACAAUGGCUUUCAUUCAAUAUGGAAUGAUCUUUUUGGUCUCUUUUAACAGAUUUACAAUGUUCUUCCUAGUUCAGGACAAUGACAGAGUGAGUUAUAUUUGAAUGACAACAAAAUGUCAUCAAAUGACGAGGGAUUACGAAGAUUUUUGUGCAAACUUUGAUGUAACUUCAAAAAUAGAAUUGAUCUAUUUGAUAUCUGACAAAAGCUUCCCAGAAAAGUCGAAAAAUCGUGAAAUUCUAGAAAUGGAAGGCUGUUCUCCCUGCGGUUUUGCUCAUUUUCAUAAUUGGACCAAUAACACAAACCUACACAAUUGCGACAAGCAAAACAUAUUACAGAUAUCUUGAAAGUCUUGGAGGUUACAAACCAUUUACAAAUGCGGUAAAUUCUAGUUAGCUUAUGUUAGGAAGAAAUAAAGUCCGCUUGUUUUUCAGAAUAUAGUUUUGAUAACCAAUUCAUUGCUUAUUUUUAUGAUUACAACAACAGUUUUGUCUGCCGGAUUUAAUAUAUAUUCCACUUACAAAGUUAAAUUAUUGAACAAAAAUAUCAAGAAAAAUGAUCGAACUCUUCUUUCAAUGACACUUGUUUCAUUUCUCAUUCAGAUGAUUGCUUUUAUUGACACCGUAUGUUUUGUAUCAAAACUAGAUUCAAAAAUUUUCAAAAUUCAAAAUUCAGAUAGCUCUCCGUGUUUUCCCAAACACAUCUUAUACUUAUGCUGUUUUCCAAUUCUCACAACCAUUUGUUAGCGAUGCAUUGACUUUGAGUCAACCUUGGAUUUUGAUCGCUUUCAGCUCUUUGGUAACUCGAAAAUCAGAAUAUUCUAAAAAAAAAAUAAUUCCUAAUUUAUUUCAGACACGUUCCGAACUUCAACGCCUUCUUGUUGGAAAAUGCUUCAACGAUCUUAUUUUCACAACAAGAAGUGAAGUACAGAAUUCGAGAGGAGGUGCAACCAUAACUAUUUAA